GCCUGAGGCCCUGGGCGGCGGCGGCGGCAGCGGCGGGCGGGGUUUGGGGGUUUUUUAUAACCCUGGCAAGCUGCUCAGGAAGUGAGUGCCUUCCCGCGCCCCCUCCCCCGGCCACGCCGCCGCGCGCUCGCUUGCUCCCCUCCCUUCCUGAGCGCCGGGCGGUGAGACUGUGCGGCUACAGCGGACCGGAGACUCCCGGCACGCAGGAGACCAGUGAUGCUGCGCAGACUGUGAACAGGGGAGGCAGCACUGUAGGGGCUGCCAGCAGCCGGGGCUGGGGAGAGACAUGUGGACACGUAGCCCCUAUGGCUUCUGCCUGCCAGAUCCUCCGCUGGGCCCUUGCCCUGGGGCUGGGCCUCACCUUCAAGGUCACACAUGCCUUCAGAUCUCAAGAUGAGCUCCUGUCCAGUCUGGAGAGCUAUGAGAUUGCCUUCCCAACCCGAGUGGACCACAACGGGGCAAUGCUGGCCUUCUCUCCACCUGCUCUCAGGAGGCAGCGUCGGGGCGUGGGGGCCACAGCCGAGUCCCGCCUAUUCUACAAGGUGGCGGCACCCACCACUCACUUCCUGCUGAACCUGACCCGCAGCCCCCGUCUACUGGCAGGGCACGUCUCGGUGGAAUACUGGACACGGGAAGGCCUGGCCUGGCAGAGGGCCGCCCGGGCCCACUGCCUCUACGCUGGCCACCUGCAAGGCCAGGCUGAUAGCUCCCAUGUAGCCAUCAGCACCUGUGGGGGCCUGCAUGGUCUGAUUGUGGCAGACGAUGAAGAAUAUCUGAUUGAGCCCCUGCAAGGUGGGCCCAAAGGUCCCCGUGGCCCAGAGGAGAGUGGCCCCCACGUGGUAUACAAGCGGUCUUCUUUGCGUCACCUGCAUCUGGACACAGCCUGUGGAGUGAGAGAUGACAAACCCUGGAAGGGUCGUCCAUGGUGGUUGCGCACCCUGAAGCCACCGCCUGCCAGGCCCCUGGGGAACGAAACAGAGCGAGGCCAGCCAGGCUUGAAGCGAUCAGUCAGCAGAGAGCGCUACGUGGAGACCCUGGUGGUCGCUGACAAGAUGAUGGUAGCCUACCACGGACGGAGAGAUGUAGAGCAAUACGUGCUCGCCAUCAUGAACAUUGUUGCCAAACUUUUCCAGGACUCGAGUCUGGGAAACAUCGUCAACAUCCUCGUCACUCGGCUUAUCCUGCUCACAGAGGACCAGCCGACCCUGGAGAUCACCCACCAUGCCGGGAAAUCACUGGACAGCUUCUGUAAGUGGCAGAAAUCCAUCGUGAGCCACAGUGGUCAUGGCAACGCCAUCCCAGAGAAUGGUGUGGCAAACCAUGACACAGCUGUGCUCAUCACACGCUAUGACAUCUGCAUCUACAAGAACAAACCCUGCGGCACUCUAGGCCUGGCCCCUGUGGGUGGGAUGUGUGAACGUGAGAGGAGCUGCAGUAUCAAUGAAGAUAUCGGCCUGGCCACGGCGUUCACCAUUGCCCACGAGAUCGGGCACACAUUCGGCAUGAACCACGAUGGUGUUGGAAAUGGCUGUGGGGCCCGUGGGCAGGACCCAGCAAAGCUCAUGGCUGCCCAUAUUACGAUGAAGACUAAUCCAUUUGUGUGGUCGUCCUGCAGCCGAGACUACAUCACCAGCUUUCUGGACUCGGGCCUGGGGCUUUGCUUGAAUAACCGGCCUCCCAGACAGGACUUCGUGUACCCGACGGUGGCACCCGGCCAGGCCUAUGAUGCCGAUGAACAGUGCCGAUUCCAGCAUGGAGUCAAAUCGCGUCAGUGUAAAUACGGGGAGGUCUGCAGCGAACUGUGGUGUCUGAGCAAGAGCAAUCGGUGUAUCACCAAUAGCAUCCCGGCUGCUGAGGGAACGCUGUGCCAAACGCACACCAUCGACAAAGGGUGGUGCUACAAACGAGUGUGUGUCCCCUUUGGGUCUCGACCAGAGGGUGUAGAUGGGGCCUGGGGCCCAUGGACUCCAUGGGGUGACUGCAGCAGGUCAUGUGGUGGUGGUGUGUCAUCUUCCAGUCGUCACUGUGACAGCCCCAGGCCAACCAUUGGAGGCAAGUACUGUCUGGGCGAGAGACGGAGGCACCGGUCCUGCAACACUGAUGACUGUCCCCCUGGCUCCCAGGACUUCAGAGAAAUGCAGUGCUCUGAAUUUGACAGUGUUCCUUUCCGUGGAAAGUUCUACACAUGGAAGACAUAUCGAGGAGGGGGCGUGAAGGCCUGUUCACUGACUUGCCUAGCCGAAGGCUUUAACUUUUACACGGAGAGAGCAGCAGCUGUGGUGGACGGCACACCCUGCCGCCCUGACACAGUGGACAUUUGUGUCAGCGGCGAGUGCAAGCAUGUGGGCUGUGACCGGGUCCUGGGUUCUGAUCUCCGAGAGGACAAAUGUCGAGUGUGUGGGGGUGAUGGCAGUGCCUGUGAGACCAUUGAGGGGGUCUUCAGCCCAGCUUCGCCAGGAACUGGGUAUGAGGACGUCGUCUGGAUCCCCAAAGGCUCCGUCCACAUUUUCAUCCAAGAUCUGAACCUGUCCCUUAGUCACCUGGCCCUAAAGGGGGACCAGGAGUCUCUGCUACUGGAAGGGCUACCCGGCACUCCCCAACCUCAUCGCCUUCCCCUGGCUGGGACCACAUUUCAUCUACGACAGGGGCCAGACCAGGCCCAGAGCCUAGAAGCCCUGGGACCCAUUAAUGCAUCUCUCAUCAUCAUGGUGCUGGCCCAGGCACAGCUGCCUGCUCUGCGCUACCGCUUCAACGCACCCAUUGCCCGGGAUGCCCUGCCGCCCUACUCCUGGCACUAUGCCCCCUGGACCAAAUGCUCAGCCCAGUGUGCAGGCGGCAGCCAGGUGCAAGUGGUGGAGUGCCGAAAUCAGCUGGACAGCUCAGCGGUGGCCCCACACUACUGCAGUGCCCACAGCAAAUUGCCCAAGAGGCAGCGUGCCUGCAACACAGAACCAUGUCCACCAGAUUGGGUUGUAGGAAACUGGUCGCGCUGCAGCCGUAGCUGUGAUGCUGGUGUACGUAGCCGCUCGGUGGUGUGCCAACGCCGGGUAUCUGCUGCAGAGGAGAAAGCCCUAGACGACAGUGCCUGUCCACAGCCUCGCCCCCCUGUGCUGGAGGCCUGCCAAGGUCCAAUGUGCCCUCCUGAGUGGGCAGCCCUGGACUGGUCUGAGUGCACGCCAAGCUGUGGACCUGGCCUCCGCCACCGAGUGGUUCUUUGUAAGAGUGCAGAUCAGCGGUCUACUCUGCCUCCUGGCCACUGCCCUCCUGCAGCCAAGCCACCAUCCACUAUACGAUGCAACCUGCGCCGCUGCCCUCCUGCCCGCUGGGUGGCCAGCGAGUGGGGUGAGUGUUCCACACAGUGUGGCCUUGGCCAGCAGCAGCGCACAGUACGCUGCACCAGCCACACUGGCCAGCCAUCUGGAGAGUGCACAGAGGCCCUACGGCCAUCCACCAUGCAACAGUGUGAGGCCAAGUGUGACAGCGUGGUGCCCCCUGGAGAUGGCCCAGAAGAAUGCAAGGAUGUGAACAAGGUGGCCUACUGCCCCCUGGUGCUCAAAUUUCAGUUCUGUAGCCGCGCCUACUUCCGCCAGAUGUGCUGCAAAACCUGCCAAGGCCGCUAGGGCACCUGGAGCCAACCGGGAGCACAGGCUGGAGAGGGCCUUGA